AUGGCCUCCGGAACCUCCCCUCCCCACGGCCCCAAGCCCAAGUCUGCCAUCCCCUCCCACAUGCUGAACGGCGGUUCUCCCCUUCAUCUGUCUCUGGGCACCCGCGAUGCUCGUGAGCGCGAAAGUCUCAACUCCUCUAUUCGUUCGUCCUUCACUCCCCGCGUUCCUGUUGAAUUCGCCGACCUGCCUGAAAACAUCCGUCCUGCCGGAGAUUCCAAUCAGUACCAGGACGAUACUCCUUCCGGUUCUCUCAUCGCCAGACCUACCCUGAGGGACCCUGCUCGUGAUGCCAGAGAUGAAGCCGGUGCCUUGACCCCGCCUGCCAACGAAAGCCGACCAGCCAGCCCUUACACCCUUUUCCCUCCCAUUGACUUUGACGGAUUGAGCUGGCCUUGCCCUGGUACCCGGGCGCGCCUGGAGUCAACUCCCGAGGAGAACGAAGAGCGCAUCAAGAAGUUGGCCGGUGCCGUGAGAACUAUUCUGGAAUGCGUCGGAGAAGAUCCGGAAAGAGAAGGACUGCGAGAGACGCCCGAGAGAUACGCCAAGGCUAUGCUUUACUUCACAAAGGGAUACGAGGAGAACGUUCGGGACCUCGUCAACGGUGCUGUUUUCCAUGAAGAUCACGAUGAGCUGGUUAUCGUCAAGGAUAUCGAGGUGUUCUCGCUGUGCGAGCACCACAUGGUUCCCUUCAUGGGCAAGAUGCACAUUGGCUACAUCCCUGACCGCCGCGUGCUUGGUCUCUCCAAGCUGGCUCGCCUGGCAGAGAUGUUCUCCCGUCGUCUACAAGUGCAAGAACGUCUGACGAAACAGGUUGCCCUCGCGAUUUCCGAGGUUCUGAAGCCCCGCGGUGUUGGUGUCGUCAUGGAAUCCGCCCAUCUUUGCAUGGUCAUGCGUGGCGUGCAGAAGACUAGCAGCACUACGACCACUAGCUGCAUGUUAGGCUGCAUGCGUUCCAGCGCCAAGACUCGCGAGGAGUUCCUCAACCUCUUGAACCGCAGAUAA